AUGCAAUCUGGUACUAUAGAUACACUUUCUCAAGAUACUAUAUAUAAUGGUGAUUUUUUAAGGAGUGUACUCCAAUUAAAUAAUUCUAUUAAUAACCAAAACGUAUCUCAUUCUUCACCUUUCUUAUCUACAUUUAAUUCUCCCACUAAUGCAACUAAUAGUGGAGGUAAUAAUAUUUCUACUUCAAUGGGACUAUUACCAAUGAUAAGUGGAAAUACGAACAGUUUCUCAAACAAUUAUCUCUAUAACUCACCACAAUUGUCUCUUGAUAAUCUUAUCAACUUAAUUAUAUCAAAUCCUUUAAUUUUUGGUAAUAAUUCACUCAAUUCACAAAAUCUCAUUAAUUUGAUGAUGUUACAAGCAUUAGGAAGUAAUCAAACUCCAACACUUACCAAAAAUCGACAAUUUCUUCCUACUCCUGUAAGCAUUCCACAACAACCACCACAACAACAAAAAGCUCAACAAACACCAACUUCAGUUUAUGAUAGAAUGACAUUAUCAAAUGAUGGUUCAAUAUCUUCAUUUCAACCUUCAUCUAAUAACAAUAAUCUAUUUAAUAAUAGUACUCCUUCAUCAGGAGCAGGAACAACUGUUAAUUCGAAUCUCUAUCUUCAACAUUUGGCUAAUUUAUUAACAGCUAAUCAGAACAAAUUUCAAAACAAUGGUAUUGUUUAUAAUCAAUCAAAUAUUUUAACAUCUAAUAAUAUAAAAACAGAAGUUAAUGGUGAUAUAAUUUCAAAUCCUAUAACAGUUACAUCAUCCUUAAAUAGUGGAACAGCAUUUGAUGAAAAUAAAUUACUAUUCCAAGAUACUUCAAGUAUUCUUUCACAAUCUGAUAAAAUUAAAAAGAUAUCAGAAAAUGUUGGUAUUAAUAAAUCAUCAUUAUUAUUAAAUAAUAAAAUAAGUACAAUAAAAAAUUCUAAUGAAUCAAUAAGUAGAAAAAGGAAAAUGUCUUCAUCUUCAACAGGAUACAUUGAACAGAUGUCCUCAACUGCUUGUAUUAAUGAUGGUACAUGUGAUGAUGAUACUAUUAAACAAACAUCUUGUACAAACUCUGGUAGAUCAUCAAUAGAAUUAUUUGAAAGAAGAAGAGCAUUCAGUGAUAUGCCAUUAGUAAUUAAAAAAAAAAAUAUUGGUAGUAAAGCUUCAGAUAACAGUCCUAAAAGACACCAUCCCGAUAAUCUUAUCCCAAGUGAUGGUAAAGCAAGAUUAGUUGAAAGUUUAGCAGCAAUGUGUUUAAUGAAUGGUGAAGCAACUCGUAUGUUAAAUACAGAAAUUUUUGCCAGUAUGUGGAAUGAUGAAGAAAUGAAAGAAGAGACUAAUAACAAGGAAACUAUUGGAAAAGGAGAUAUUAAAAUUGAUGAAUCAGGUUACACAUCAGCUGAUUCUAAUUAUUCUAAUUGUGGUGUUAAAUUAAAUUGUAAUGAGGAAAGAAAAUAUAAUUCACUAUUGACAGUUAAUUCAAGAUCUGUCACACCAAAUGUUUCAAAAGAUAAAAAUGAAUGUAAUAAUGAAAUUGAAGAUGAUACAAAAGAUAUAAAAGAGGGAAUUGUUCUCGAUGAAGAUAUUCAUUCACCAUCUUCUACUGAGGCUGAUUCAUCAUCAAUUUCAUCAUCAACAGAUAAUUCCAUUAAAAGUUCAUCUCCAACAAUUGUCUCUAAUACACCUGUUUCCAAAGAAACAUUCAAUGAUUUGUUAGAUGGAAUAUUAAACAAUCUUUUAAAUAAUUAA